UUUUUAUAGGGCUGUUAAGCAAAGAUUUUAUAAUAUCGGCGGCAACCCAGAUUACUCCAUUUCAUUUCGGCAAUUGGAUUGGUGGAGUUGAAGUAGGAAAAUUUACACAGUAAAUGCCAACUAGAUAGUAAACAUUGGUAAUAUAAUUUAUUACUGCAUGGACAUUGUCAAGACAGAUUUAAGAUUGGAUAGGUGAAAAAUCUUAAUAUGAACUGAAUGAUUUCGACAUGGCGGCUACUAGAAAACUACAAGGUGAAAUAGAUCGGUGUUUAAAAAAAGUAACUGAGGGUGUUGAGACUUUUGAGGAUAUUUGGCAAAAGGUACACAAUGCAACUAACAGCAAUCAAAAGGAGAAAUAUGAGGCAGACCUCAAGAAAGAAAUUAAGAAACUACAAAGACUCCGGGAUCAAAUUAAAAGUUGGAUUGCCUCUGGUGAAAUCAAGGACAAAAGUACUUUGAUGGACAACAGAAAGCUAAUAGAAACACAAAUGGAAAGGUUUAAGGUUGUGGAAAGAGAAACUAAAACCAAGGCAUAUUCUAAGGAGGGUUUGGGGGCAGCUCAAAAACUGGACCCUGCCCAAAAAGAACGUGAAGAAAUCCAACAUUGGUUAGUUUCAUCUAUUGAUCUCUUAAAUUUACAGACUGAUUCCUUUGAGAGUGAAAUUGAAUCUCUUCUAGCAAACAAAAAGAAAAAACUUGAUAAAGACAAACAGGAAAGAAUGGAUGAACUCAAAUCCAGGCUAGAGAGGCAUAGAUUUCACAUUCGAAAAUUGGAAACAUUAUUAAGAAUGCUUGAUAACAUGUCUGUGGAGGUUCAGCAGAUUCGUAGGAUAAAGGACAAUGUGGAGUACUACAUCGAGUCGUCACAAGAGCCCGAUUUCGAAGAUAGCGAGUUCAUUUACGACGACAUAAUCGGCCUUGAUGAUGUUGAAUUAAGCGGUGUUGGUCUGCCGUCGUCUGCGACGACGGACAGUAACGACACCGGCGGUACACCCACCUCCAUCAUAUCCGGAUCGUCGCCGAUCUCCUCGUCACCACUGGCCAAUUCGGCCUCGGCCAACGCCACAACCAAUAACCAGAACUACAACCAUUCCAGCGACAGCUCGAACGAGGCAGAGAAACGAGUUGUCUGCAAGGACCAGCCCAAAGUAAGUUCUCCGAUAAAACCGACACCAGUGCGAGCGACGUCCUCUCUGAACAACAGCAGCGGCUCCGUACUCAACUACAGCUGCAACAGCACGUCUUCGACGCCAGGCAGUAAACAGCAGCAACAGCAGCAGACGAUACCGCCACAACAACCGGCACUGGCCAGUAGUACGCCCAGCAAACCGACGCAGGCGGCUCCCGUCCAGCAACAGCCACAGACACCGGCUCCAACCACCAAUUCGACGCCGGCGCAACCCGGCCGCGAACCUUCGCCAGCCGCUCAGAUGCUGGGUGGCAAUUUUGCUGCAGUUGCGGCCACCACGGUAACGUCUAAGAACAAUUCAAGUAAGUGGGGAAUUGCAAGUGGUGAAACCAAUCCGACAUCUGUGAUAACCAAUCUUAGUCAAGUUCCAGUUCAAAACACAACAAAUCCCAUCAAUUCGUCAAUCCACAUGAAUUCAUCUUCGGUCGCAUCGACACAACCGACGCAAAAUUCGACAAACUCGUUACAAAAAUCGUUCACCGAAUCCCACGUACAAAACAACUGUCUAAGUCCAGACUUGAACAACAGCAAUGAAACGUCGCCAUUGAACGUCGAAACGAGCCAACCAAUAACGAACGGAAACGUUGGCGAAAAGAUAUCCGAAGGCAUGACAUCCCUGAAGUCCAUGGCUCAACAGGUGAUAGACCGUGCAGGCCUCGACAACAAUCAAGUCAUCCUAGAGCCAAACAACAAGGCCCAGAACCAGGGCAAAUCGGACGCGCACAUACCGCCGCUGCUAGGAGUGGCGCCCCUUGGCGCUGUGCCACUGCAAAAGGAGCAUCAGACUCAGUUCCAACUUAUGGAAGCCGCCUUUUACCACAUGCCUCAUCCGUCGGAUUCGGAACGGAUACGGACGUAUCUGCCACGUAAUCCGUACAAUACGCCCGCGUACUAUGUGCAAUCGCCGCUGGCCCAUUCUGAUACCCUCGAGUUUUACCAGAGGCUUGCCACCGAAACGCUGUUCUUCGUGUUCUACUACAUGGAGGGCACGAAAGCGCAGUAUCUGGCUGCCAAGGCGCUCAAGAAGCAGAGUUGGCGUUUUCACACGAAGUACAUGAUGUGGUUCCAACGACACGAGGAGCCGAAGAUCAUCAAUGAAGAGUAUGAGCAGGGAACUUACAUUUAUUUUGAUUAUGAAAAGUGGGGUCAGAGGAAAAAAGAAGGUUUUACUUUUGAAUAUAAAUAUUUAGAGGAUAGAGACCUUAAUUGAUUAAAACUCCUAAAUUCCCAAUCCAUAAAGAAAUUAGGAAACAAAAAAAAUGUGAACUAUCAUCAGAACAAUUCAUCAGAGAACUUUUAAAUAAAUGUUUAUUUCAUCGUAUUGUUUUUCGUUAUGAUUAUUGAAUAAGCCCAAAAACUGUUGGAAUUUUGAUUUACUGCAUUUCUCAGGAUUACUGAAUUAAAGAAGUCUGAACAAAACUACAUUUAAAUAUUAAUAAUUUUAAGAUUAAAUCUAGAAUUAGUAAGAAAAUAUUUACUGUACAUUAGUGAUUUAUUUGUUUAUUGAAUAAAUAUAAUUUAAAACACA